AUUCUUGUUCUUUUGUACUGGUGUCCAUGUUUGGUCCCAGUAUAUUCAUAAUAUUUAAAAAGACAAAAAAUUACUGAGGGACAUAACUCAUAAUUAUUUAGACAAGAGUUUAUGUAAAUCAUCUGGCUUGUGCAUUAUCGCUCAAAAUGGCAAGUGUCAAAGAAAAUGAGGAAAAACUGUGGUUUACAGCGGAGAAUGAUUUAUUUAAGAUAAUAAAGAGGGCAAGCAGGAUAUACGGAUUGAUAAACACGUGAAUUAUUACACAUUAUAUAUGAUGCAUAAUUUAUUUGCAGCAAGAAGCUCUGAUGGAGUUGAAAUUUUUUCUGGGAAAGAAGAUUACUCUGAGCAUGAAGGUUUCUGUGGGAGGCCCUCUGCUGCCAGAGUGAUGUCGUUUAGCGCAAAUGGGGAAUACUUUGCAUAUUGUGACGAGAACGGUGUCCAUGUGAUCCAUGUAGAAACUCAAACAGAGAAGUGUUUGAUCAAUCGACCGAGAACAGUAUUAAUACAGUUCUCUCCACUGGGGACUCAUAUCAGUUUAUGGGAACCUUACCAAGUAAAAGCUGGAGAAAAAGAAGGUGUAAACAAUGCAAGCAUUUACGAAUCAGAAACAGGAAAUGAACUAAUAUCAUUCAGAAGACGUGAAAGAAGUGGAUGUGAAGUGUAUUGGACAAGUGACGAAUCGUUGUGUGCAAGACUACACAAUAGUGAAGUUCAUUUCUACACAAAUAAUGACUUUGCUUCUCCACCAAAACGUUUACAAAUUGGUAGAAUUGAAGAUUUUCGAAUUACAACCAAGGUUAGGGGUGAUCCUAUGGUUAGUGUAUAUGUUCCUGGUCAGAAAGGUCAACCGUCGUUUGUUAGACUCUUCAAAUAUCCCAACUUCCGCUCGGAGGAAGUCGUAGGGAACAGAAGCUUCUAUAAGGCGGAUAAAGUUGAUAUGCUAUGGAAUAACAGAGGAAGUGCAGUCAUUAUUGUAACUGCAACAGAUACUUCGGCAGACUCGUAUUAUGGAGAGUCGGGACUUCAUUUUCUCUCAGCAAAGGGAGAUAGCUGCCUGAUAUCCAGAGACAAGAAUGGUCCAGUGUAUCAUGUUGAGUGGGCUCCAAGUGAUAAGGAAUUUUGUGUUGUUUAUGGAUUUAUGCCUGCUAAAGUGACAAUUUAUAACUUGAAAUGCGAUCCAAUUUUCGAUUUCGGCACUGGAGCGAGAAAUUGUGCAUAUUAUAAUCCAUUUGGCAACAUUUUAGCCAUUUGCGGUUUCGGCAACUUAAAAGGAGAUGUAGAAUUUUGGGACGUUGCUCAGAAAAAGAAAAUCAACUCAACCACUUUCUCCGAUACAACACUUUUCAGAUGGGCUCCAGAUGGCGUUCAUGUGAUAACUGCUACAUGUGCACCUAGAUUGAGAGUUGGAAAUGGAUUCAAAGUAUGGAAUUACAAUGGAAAUUUGAUAUAUGAAAAAAGUUUCAAGGAACUGUGGGAAGUAUGCUGGAGACCAAACAAGGACUUCAAAGUUAAGCCUAUACAAUUCGUGUCUACUAGGCCUACGGCGAGUACAAGUACUACCAAUGGUCAAGCGAAAGUAUACGUUCCACCUGCUCUUAGGGGAAGACCCCAGCCAACAACGCCUAAGGUAAGAGAUGAUUAUGAGCCACCAUCAAAUGUUAGGAAUAAAACCGAAGAGUCAAUGUCGAAAAGCGCUCUUAAAAAUCGAAAGAAGAGAGAAGCUAAAAGGAAUAGGGUAAAUGAAAGUAAUACUGAACCUAGUAGCGCUCCUAGAAAAACUGCAGCAGAAGUGUUUGAUUCAAGUGGGGAUCCCGAAAAGGAUAAAAAGAUUAGGAAUUUGAGAAAGAAACUACGACAAAUCGAAAACUUAAAAAGUCUACAAACUGAAGGAAAGAAACUCGAAUUGAAUCAAUUGGAAAAGAUAAAAUCCGAAGCAGACGUUGUUGCCGAGCUUAAAGCUUUAGAAAUUUAAAUUCGAAAAAGAAAAGUUAUCAUUAAACAACUUCCCUCAAUAAUAGAUAUUUUUUGGUUGGGUUCCCCAUAUGGGUUUUCUCCCAUAUAAAAAGAGAAAGGAAUAUAAUUUUUUUCACUCUGCUUUGUUUCUUUUUGUCUGAAAAUUCAAAAAGAAUUUUAUGUAUAAAGAGGAAAGGAAUAGAUUUAAAAAAAAAUUCCAUUUUUUUUUCUAUAUUCUUUAACUACAAAACACAAAAUUUUUUUUUUUUUUGAUUUGAAUUUGCGUGUUUUUUAAAUUUAAGAUUCAGUAAAAGUGUAUAAUAAAAUUAUGAGCACC